UUUCAGGCUCGCCGUUAUGACUCAAGAACUACGAUAUUUUCUCCAGAAGGUUUGACAUUUUUAGGCUUAUACUUUAUUUUGAAAUUGGCAAUAGAUUUUAAACUUUAUAACUCUAAAGAUUUUCAGUAUAAACACAUUACAACAGGCGUGCCACAUAGAUUUAUCAUUCUAAUGAUUACCAGUGUAAACACACUAGUCCAGACAUGCCAAGUUCACACACCCCAAACUUUCUCAUGGGGUCUGCUAAGUGAUUUAGAGUCACAUAGUGUAAUAAAAAAAUAAUGCUUAAUAAAGAUGUAGUUAAGCAGCCUUUCGGGAAGUUUGAUACCAUGUUCGAGAUGGAUCUAAUUACAAAUUAUGUUUGAUAAUUAUAUUUAAAAUAAUAUUAAGUACGUUAAAAUGUAGUAUUUAAUAGACUCUGAUUUUGUUUGCAUAACUUCAUGCUCCUCAAAACUUUGUUUAUUUUAUUUUUUUAUUUCUUAGGCCGCCUUUAUCAGGUGGAAUAUGCUAUGGAAGCUAUUGGUCAUGCAGGAACAUGUUUAGGUAUCAUGGCUUCAGAUGGCAUUUUACUUGCAGCGGAAAAAAGAAAUACCAACAAACUCCUUGAUGAGGUUUCAUAUUCUGAAAAAAUUUACAGGCUUUAUGAGUGAGUCCUAUUUCACUUGUUACAAAAAAAAAGUCAUAUUGGUCUAAUUUAUGCAUUAUAAAAAUCUGUUAUAAUAUUACAGCUUGUAUAAAGCUUGUAUCAGAAUAUUGUAAUUCUAGUGUUAAAUCCAUUAAUUUUGCUUGCACCAUAUAACAUAAAAUUGCAGAAUCUAAAGUAGUGUGUGUUUUCAAACUAGUUCUGCCCAACAUGCCUUCCGGUGCCAAUGAAUUUUUCAUCAGGCAUUCGCCUACCCCUCCAUGAAAGGUCUUGUAAUAUGCUCAUUCAGGGAUCAUCUCUCUUUAUUACAUAGAAACUCUUUUGUUAAACUCUUCUUCGCAAAAUUAUGAGUUUUAAAAGUUCAGCGUGACUUUCCUAGUUCUUGAGAAGUUUCUUAGUAAUCUAAGAGAUAAAACCUUUGAUAGAACAAAAUAUCAUUUUCACAUACACUUCUGUGCUCCAGAAUAAUACAUAGGGUACAUAUAUGUACAAGUACCAUGGUGUACACAAUUUUAAGGUUUAGCCAUGAAACGAAUGUUCAAUAAUAAAGUCUUUGUUCAAUAAUCCUUCAUCUCACAGUGAUAUGGCUAUUAGUGUUGCUGGAAUAACAGCUGAUGCCAAUGUUUUGACAAAUGAGCUGAGGCUUAUUGCCCAAAGGUUUGUUAUUUGUUUUAUUGUGUUCAUUAAGAGUGUAGCUAUAAGACUCGUAUCUGUUAUCCUGACUUAAGAUGUGGCUAUGAAAUUGUUUUAAUACUCAACUUAGGGGUAAAUUAUUUCUCAGUCUGUUAGAUAACUGCUCAUUUAAACAUAUUUCAACUUAUUUUGUUGCUACAGAUAUUUUAUUUCUUUCAGGUACAUUCUUCAGUACCAGGAACCUAUACCUUGUGAGCAACUAGUGUCCACCCUUUGUGACCUCAAACAAGCUUACACUCAGUUUGGAGGUAUAGAUAACAAUUUAAGACUAAUGAAGCUAGCGUGCCUGAAAGAAAUUAAUUUGUCACUCAAGUCACACCACUAAGACCGGGAAAAGUUUUGCAUGACCUAGUACAGAUACAGCUUCAUAUGAAACAAUUUUCAAACGUUUCACGUUCAGUUUUAAUAUUCACUUGACUGAAAAUGUAAUGGAAAUGUCGACUUCAUAUUCAAACCCUGUUUACUUAGUCAUUCUCUUAAGUUCUAGGUGUACAUAUUCUCAUUAUUCUAAUGCAUUUUCUUUUUUUUACCUCAUAAAGGCAAGCGGCCUUUCGGUGUUUCUAUUCUGUACAUGGGCUGGGACAAACACUAUGGCUUUCAACUGUAUCAAAGCGACCCUAGUGGCAACUAUGGAGGUUGGAAAGCAACUUGUAUAGGGAAUAACAGUGCUGUAAGUGCACAUGCUGUUUUUUAUGUCCUCCAUCAUAAAUGUAAUACUUAAUGCAUAAUUUAUGCACAUUUUUGUUUUUGCUCACUGAUGCUUUGUCAGAAUAUAAUUUAUUGACAAAAGAUCUUGGUUCUCUCGUUUAUUAUUUAAAAUUUGUAUUUCAUAUACACAGAACGCUAUUUCUCUACUGAAACAAGAGUACAAGGAUGAAGACAACUUUUCUUUAAGUUCAGCUCUAGAUCUUGCCAUUAAAGUCUUGAGUAAAACAUUAGAUAUGACCAAGGUGGCAGCAGACAAAGGUGAGGCUGAGCUCUUCACAGUUUAUUUUUUGCAAUAUAUCAAUCUCUUUCAAUAUUCUUGACCUGUUUAUCUAUAUCAAGUAUGACUUUAAACCAUUUGUCUAAGUAUUACACAGCUUACUUAUAGCUGGAAAUGACACAAGUAUGUCAAAGCCUGAAAUGGGACACAGCAAAACAACUGCAUUUUUAAUAUAUGUUAAGUUUUAAAAUCAUAUUUUCUAACAGGUCAGGUGCACAUGUUAAGGCAUAAAAAUAUUGGGAUAACUGUAAGAAUGAUUUAAUACUCUUGUUUUCCUAGUUGAGAUUGCAACACUGACUAGGAAAGACAACAAAACGGUGAUGCGCAUUCUACCUGACAGUGAGGUGGAAGUGCACAUAAAGAAAUAUGAAGAGGAAGAGGCAAGGCUUGAGGCAGAAAAGAAGAAAGAGGCUGACCGAAAGAAAGCAGGUAAAUUGACCACAGUGAUAGAGUAG